AUGUCAGCAUCGUCAGAUGCCCUUGAGGAGCUUUCUGCCCUCAAGGCCAUAUAUGAUAACGAACUAGUAUGUACAGAUGAGCCUAAUGGUGUGCACGCACCAUGGCUACGCCACAAAGAAAUCGACGCACUUUACACGAAACUGGAAGAGACCGCCACCAGUUCAAUCGGAUCUCCUGUUGUAUAUUCUUUAGUAGAAAAUAUUAGAGAUUUUCUAGAUGAGCCUCACUUGCGUAACUCUCGCAAGACAGUGGAUCCGACAAUUGUUAAACGCCCGGCUGUUGAGGAGCCUUCAUAUUCUAAAUCAAGCACUCUUCCUAGCGUAAAGGUUCAUUUGAGCAUGGCUCCAGCUUUCCUUUCAAUCGCACAAGGUUUUCAAUGUCCGGAAAUAUAUCAUGGAGAGUCAAUCGUGGAUAGGAAAAGCGUUUUUCAAGUAAUUUUUAUUGUGUUAAACCUGCUGGAUAUUCAUUCAUGUUGA